AUGACAACAAGAAUCAACAUUCUCCCUGACGAAUUACAACUCGCUGCAGGUGUCUUGUCUUUACCAAACAUUUUCGAAAUCAAGUAUUCUGCACCAGUUCGUCUCUACAAAGCCAACAAUGGUAAUCAAUGGUCAUAUGCCAAUUCUUAUGGAAUUUUGACAGUUACAUUGGUUGAAAAGCAAUCAGUAGUAAUGAUUCGGUUGGUAGAUUUGAAGAGUAAAUCAGUUACUAUGGAACAAGAAUGUUAUGAAGGUUUCGACUAUCAAACACUUUCUUCCAAUUUUCAUGCAUUCGAAUCUGAUGAUGGUUUUGUCGGAUUGUUAUUUGCUGAAAGAUUUGAUGCUGAUCAAUUUGCCAAGCAAGUUUGUCAACUCAUUCGUUUGAAAGCAACUGGUUCUAUCAAUGGUUCAACUCCAAGUUUGCCUUCAACUAAACCUUCUGUUAAUAUGAGAAGUGACAGUUCUGAUUCUUCUUCUUCUUCACCAACUGGUACUGGUUCCAGUACUGCCCCACCUACUCCAGUGAAGAAGACUAAUCCUCCUCCAUCCACUCCUCCACCAGUUGCUAACAAGCCAACUGCUGUCAAUACUUCAAUUGCUGCCAGUAGCUCAGUACAUACUACCAGCACUACCUCUUCCCAUAAGGAACCUGAAAAGAAACACAUUCCUAGCAAUAGCAGUAGUGGAGGUAGUAGCAGUAGUGGAGGUGGUUUAUUCUCCAAGAUUUUCGGAACAAAGAAUAAGGACCAAAUUCCUGACCGGUCACAAAUCAAAAUUUCUGGACCAAAGGUUGACAAGUUUAAACACGUUUCACACAUUGGUUUUGAUCCAAAGCUUGGCUUUACUGAAAUCCCUCCACAGCUAAAAACCAUUUUCGAGAAGGCAGGUAUUUCUGAAGCUGAAUUGAAAGAUAAGAAAACUGCCAAAUUUUUAAUGAAGACACUUGUCACUGUCACAUCAGAUGCUCCCCCACCUCCUUCUUUGGAUGUUCCAAUAUCAGUUGGCAUUGAUUUUACUGCAUCAAACGGUGGUUUCACCAGUAGUAGCUCCCUCCAUUAUUUAAGUUCCAAGAAGAAUCACUAUCAACAAGCCCUUGCACAAGUUUUGCAAAUUUUGGAACCUUAUGAUUCUGACAAGAUAUAUGGUGCAUAUGGAUAUGGUGCAAGGAUAGAUAAGGAAUUAAAAAUGAAUCCAAUGUUUAAUCUGUCACUCUCAGAUAAGGAGGAACUUUGUGUAGGAGAAAUACUUGAAGCAUAUGAGAAGGCAGUUCCAAGACUAUCAUUUGGAGAUAUGGGAAGUGCCACUAAUCCAAAAACUGGAAAGCCUUAUCGAGGAGAUGACUUUUAUAGAGUUAUUGAACAUGUCGUUGAGAGAACUCCUCCUGUUACUCAACAACAACAAUUCUACAAUAUUCUAUUGUUAAUUAUUGAUGGUGAUGCAUUUGACAUGCAAGGCACAAUCGAUUCAAUUAUAGAGGCCAAUGACAAACCUAUCUCAAUUGUAAUUGUUGGUAUUGGUGGUAGAAGUUUCCCAAGUUGUAGAAAAUUCGAUGCUGAUGAUGAACCACUCAUUCACAGUAAUGGAACUAAAAUGACAAGAGACAUUGUUCAAUUUGUGAGCUUUUCUGAAUGUUCUGAUUUAACACAAUUAGCUUCUGAAGUGCUAGCUGAAAUACCCAAACAAAUGGUUACGUAUUUUGAAUCAAAAGAAAUUAUUCCUAAUCCACGACCUCAAAGUGCUUUCUACUAAUGUUUACCAGGAUUAAUUGGCUAAAUGUGUGCCACCUGAAUUGAUAAAGUAGUUGUUAGG